AUGGACAAGGCAGACACGAAAGAAAAGAAGCACUCUAGCCAUCGUCGCCCGCAUCGUCAUCACCACGCGCGCGACACAAUCACAUCGGCUGUUCAGCUACAGCAUCCUUUCUCGUUUGACAACUACAACCCGCUGCGACGAGCCCAACAGCACCACCACCACCACAACAAGAUCCGCCGCGACCGCUCUCCCGAGAAGACCGAUGCCAACAAAGAUGGUGUAAAUGAUGAUCAAGAACAAGAGCCUCCAAAACCACAAUGGUCCCCCGAAGUAGAAUAUGCCGUCGACCACCCGCCCCGCCGUCUCGUCACCACCGACACCAUCGCCCAUGAACGCCAUCUACGCGAGAGACGUCAAGACCACGUCUCGGCCGCCUUGAAUGCCAUAUCCCGCGAUGCUCAUACAGCAACCCGCAAGCUCGACGACACCUACUACGCCUUACUCCAAAAGGUCGGCUUACUCAAAGCCACCAUCGCAUCCUUCCAAGACCUGCACUCCUGCCUCGACGACACUGCAAAAGACUUUGCCACGACAUCUGAUUCACUGGUCAAGGACAUCACUGGUCAGAUUGACGCUUUUGGGAAUAUGGCGCAGCAAGACGAGAAUAUCCAUCAAUUGGUCAAGCGACUGCACAAGGCCAAGGAACGAGCUGAAGCUUAUGAAUCUCGCCUAGAAUCCUGUCGUCUGCGCCUUGAGCAAUGGGAGAAGAAGGAGCAAGAAGUGAACAAGAGGAAUAACCGCACCUGGGCACUUGCUCUAACUGGUUUGACGGCCUUCAUCGUCUUCGUCCUCGUCAUCGUCUUGUGGCGAAAAGGAACUCUUGCUACUGUGACCGAGAAGCCAUCAGAGUGGAGAGAAGCUCUGGGAUUGGAGGAAAACAAAACUGCUCCUGGUAUACACCUCGUCGAUCCUGCAGAAGAGAAAGCAAAGGUCAAGGAAGCUGCGAAAUGGGAUAGGUUGCUUGAUGAGCUGUGA